UUUCUGUGCGUUUGUAACAUGUGUUUCGUAUAUAUAGGAGAGAUCAGAUAAACAUCUACACGUACCCCCACUCAAUGCAAUAACUCAUCACAUCUCUCUCUAGCUAUCUCCCUCUUAUUCACUUCAUUUCUAGCUUCUCUUCGCUUUGCUUAGCUUGCCCCUCUCUCUCUCUCUCCCUCUGUUUAUCUUUGUCUCUAUCUCUAAUGGUGGAUCAUUACCAAACUGUGUGCGCUAUGUGCGGCGACGUUGGCUUCCCUGAAAAGCUCUUCCGCUGCUCCAAGUGUCACCGCCGCUUUCAACACUCGUAUUGUAGCAACUACUACUACUACAGUGAGCAAUCGGAUCCGGUGCAGGUGUGUGAUUGGUGCCAAAGCGAGCAAAGGAGCUGGAAGCAUGGCGGCGGCGGCGGCGGUCCUUCGAGGAGGUUAACCGGCAGAAGUGAUUCGGGGACCAACCGGUCGCAAUAUUCCGGUGACAAAAUCAAACAGCACGACCGAGAAGAAGGCAUGGAAAAGUCACCUGGGAAGAACCCUGCUGGUGGCGCUGCGUCGUCUUUGCCACGGACCCCUACUCGCCGGUACAAACUUCUCAAGGAUGUUAUGUGUUGAAGACUAGCUAGCUUAAUUAAUUAGAAACAUAUAUAUAUA